AUGGAGGAACUGCAUGUCUCCUCCGAAGAGGAGGACGUUGACGGGGAUGAGGUUGAGGAGGUCCUUGAAGUGCGAAUCUGGGACAAUUCUGUCCUUCGAGUUCACCACAGUUUUGGGGUCGGGUCAAAGCUAUUUGAUAUUUCCCAGAGUGAUUCUUUGGAGAGAAUUGAAUCUAAGGCCUUCGUUGAUCUUCUGGACUUGGUGGAACUCUCAAUUCAGAAUACAAAGCACCUGGUGAAAAUUGAUCAAGAAGCUUUCAGAAAUCUACCACGACUAAGAUACUUGAGCAUUUGUAAUACUGGAAUAGGAUUCUUUCCUGAUCUGACACACAUCCACUCAAUUGCAUCCAAUUUUAUUCUGGAAAUAUGCGAUAAUUUACACAUUCAAACAAUACCAGAAAAUGCAUUCCAAGGCAUGAACAAUGAAUCUCUAACAUUGAAGCUGUACAAAAAUGGAUUUGAAGAUGUGCAAAGCCAUGCAUUCAAUGCAACGAAGCUGGAUAAAUUGUACCUUAAUGAUAAUAAAAAAUUAAGGACCAUACAUAAUGAUGCUUUCAAGGGAGCUAUUGGACCAGAUGUAUUGGAUGUUUCCUCAACAGCACUUGAGCACCUUCCAUCUUAUGGGUUGGAAUUUAUUCAGAAACUUACUGCACGCUUCACAUACUCACUGAAAAGGCUCCCAUCACUGGAAAAAUUUGUUAAUUUGAUGGAAGCAAAUUUGACAUAUCCGAGCCACUGCUGUGCAUUCAAAAAUUGGGAAAAAUCAAAUGGCCCUGAUGAUGAAUAUGAACAUUUAGAAGAAAUAUAUGAAAAUUCAGUAUCGUUUGAUUAUGGCUUUUAUCAUUCAAAGGUAGACCUUGUCUGUACUCCAGAACCAGAUGCCUUUAACCCAUGUGAAGAUAUAAUGGGAUACAACAUCCUAAGAGUGCUGAUAUGGUUCAUUAAUAUCCUUGCUAUUGUGGGUAACUUUGUUGUUUUUAUUGUUUUGGUGAUUAGUCAGAAUAAGCUCACAGUCCCACGUUUCCUUAUGUGCAAUCUUGCUUUUGCAGAUCUCUGUAUGGGUCUCUAUUUGUUACUUAUCGCAUCAGUUGAUUUGAGCACCAGAAGUCAGUAUUACAACUAUGCUAUAGACUGGCAGACAGGCGCGGGGUGUGCCAGUGCUGGCUUCUUUACUGUUUUUGCAAGUGAGCUGUCUGUGUACACACUGAUGGUGAUCACCUUCGAAAGAUGGCAUACAAUUACCCAUGCCAUGCAAAUGGACAGGAAGCUCCGAUUAAGGCAUGCUGUUGUGAUUAUGUUUGGAGGCUGGAUAUUCUCUCUUGUUGUAGCAACACUGCCACUUGUAGGAAUCAGCAAUUACAUGAAAGUUAGCAUCUGCCUGCCCAUGGAUAUAGAAACUCCCAUUUCCCAGGCUUACGUUAUAUUCCUAUUGGUACUGAAUGUUAUAGCCUUUAUUAUAAUUUGUGUUUGCUAUAUCAAAAUAUAUUUAGCUGUGAAAAACCCUGACUUUGUUUCUAAAAAUAGCGAUGCAAAAAUUGCAAAACGAAUGGCGAUACUAAUCUUUACAGACUUCAUGUGUAUGGCUCCUAUAUCAUUUUUUGCUAUUUCAGCAGCUUUCAAGUCACCCUUUAUUACAGUGACCAAUGCUAAAAUUCUUCUGGUAUUAUUUUAUCCACUCAACUCUUGUGCAAAUCCAUUUCUCUAUGCAAUCUUCACAAAAGCAUUCAGAAGGGACUUCUUCAUCCUGUUGAGCAAGUUUGGUUACUGUGAAAUGCAGGCGCAAAUUUAUAAAACUGACAACUCAAGCUCAAAGAGUGGCACCAAGGAAAAUUCAGGAGCAGCUGUCAAGCUAACAACAUUCAGCGUGCAGGAUUUACCGGUCAGUGCAACUGCUGAAUUGUGCUGUAAAGAAUGCUGA